GCCCCUCCCCCUCCUCCCUGCCGCUUUCCUCGUGCCCCCGUUGCCGCCGCCGCCGCUUCCUCGUCCUCUCCGGCCCCGCCAUGAUCUGCCUGGUGCUCACCAUCUUUGCCAACAUCUUCCCCGCAGGCUGGAGCGGGCUGAACGAGCGAACGUUCCUGGCCAUCAAGCCGGACGGCUUCCAGCGCCGCCUGGUCGGGGACAUCCUCCGCCGCUUCGAGAACAAAGGCUUCAAGCUGGUGGGCCUCAAGCUGGUGCAGGCCUCCGAGGACCUGCUUAAGGAACACUACGCCGCCCUGCGGGACCGCCCCUUCUACCACCGCCUCAUCGAGUACAUGAGCUCGGGGCCCGUCGUCGCCAUGGUGUGGCAGGGGCUGGACGUGGUUCGCUCGUGCCGGGCGCUGAUCGGAGCCACCGACCCGGCCGACUCCUUGCCCGGCACCAUCCGAGGGGACUUCUCUAUUGAAGUUGGCAAGAACGUGAUCCACGGCAGCGACUCCGUGGAGAGCGCCCGCCGCGAGAUCGGCCUGUGGUUCCGGGCGGAGGAGCUGCUCUGCUGGGAGGACAGUGCGGAGCACUGGCUGUACGAGUAGCGGUAGCUCGCAUGGCGCCGGGCCGGGCCGACCCGAGCCCCCGGCCCGAGGACCGCCCCGCGCUGCAGUUCUACCCGUCUUUGGUUGCCAGGAUCAGGCUGGAGCUACCCCCGGGUCGGCGGAGGGAGGGUCACGGGGAUCUGGUCUGGUCUCUCCGCUGUCCCCCGCCAGCACGGGCUGAGGGGAACCAGUGGCUUCCCCUCUCCCCCUCCCUCAGCAGGACCCCUUUGGAGCCGAGGGUCUAGGCGGGGCCGGGGGAGGACAGACGCGAGGACGGGCCGAGGCCUCCGAGGCCCCAGCCUCGGGGCUCCCGCCGACCAACCCGGCCCCUUGAGCGCGAUAGGAGAGUCCGGCGGGAACACCUGCUGCCUGGCAGGCUGGGCCUUGGCUAUGUUUCGAUAAUAAAACUCUGGGAAAAUCGA